AUGAAUGGAAGUUCUCAAAACAAUUUUAGAGGUGGCUGGAAUAAUAUGCCACCCACUCAUUUUAGUCAGGUACAAAUUCCUUACGGUAGUAGUCCUCGCGCCUUUGCUCAUAACUGGCACAUAGCACAUCAAAUGCCAGCAUACUAUGCUCAUAACCCGCACAUACCACAUCAAGCGCCGGCACACUAUGUUGAUAACAGGAACUUACCACAUCAAAUACCAACGCAUCAUGUUGAUAACAUGCACUUAUCACAUCAAGCUCCAACAGAUAAUAGACCCUUACCACAUCCAACGCCGACACACUAUGCUGAUAAUAGGCCCUGGCAACAUCAAAUGGCGACACACUAUGCUGAUAAUAGUACCUUGCCACAUCCAACACCGGCAGACUAUGCUGAUAAUAGACACUUGCUGCUUCCAACGCCUGCACACUAUGCUGAUAAGAGCCACUUGCCACAUCAAACGGCAGAGCACAGUACGGAUAUCAAGCACUUGCCACAUCAAACGGUGGAACAGUGUACAGAUAACAAGCACUUGCCAGAUCAAACUCCGGUAAAAUAUGAAGAUAAAAUGUGCUUGCCGCAUCAAAAGACGAAAGACUUGGCCGACAAAAUGCACUUACCAAAUCAUAAUCCAGAAGACUGUGCUGCUAACAAGUGCUUACCACAUAAAACACCAGAUCACAAUGCUGAUAAGAGGCAGUUACCUCAACAAACGUCUGAAGCCUAUGCCGAUAAGAGGCAGUUACUUCAUCAAACGUUAGAACACUCUGCUGAUAAGAACUUGCCUCAACAAACACUUAAAGACUCUGCUGCUGAUAAGAACUUGUCUCAACAAACACUUAAAGACUCUGCUGCUGAUAAGAACUUGUCUCAACAAACACUUAAAGACUCUGCUGCUGAUAAGAACUUGUCUCAACAAACACUUAAAGACUCUGCUGAUAAGAACUUGUCUCAACAAACAUUUAAAGACACUGCUGAUAAGAAGUGCUUACCACAACAAACACCUGAAGACUGUGCUUAUAAGAAGUGCUUACCACCGCUUUUACAAUGUGAAAUUUGUGAACUUAUAUUGAAUCCCAAGAGUAUGGAAAUUCAUAUUAAAGGAAUGAGACAUCGAAGAAGGGUUUUACAACUACACGAACAAUCAACGAAACAUAAAACUUCAAGUGGAGAAGAGAUUAGACAUGAUCGAAGUUCUCAAAUUAGUAAAGAAGCCUAUGCUGCUAACAAGUGCUUACCACAUAAAACACCAGAUCACAAUGCUGAUAAGAGGCAAUUAUCUCAGCAAACAUCGGAAGCCUGUGCUGAUAAGAGGCAGGUACCUGAUCAACCAUCAGAACAAUACACUGAUAAGAACUUAUCUCAACAAACACCUAAAGACUCUGCUGAGAAGAAGUGCUUACCACAACAAACACCUGAGGACUGUGCUAAUAAGAAGUGCUUACCACCGCUUUUACAAAAAUGUGAAAUUUGUGAUCGUAAGUUGGAUCCCAAGUGUAUGGAAAGUCAUAAGAAAGGAAAGAAACAUCUAAGAAGGUUGUUCAAACUACACGAACAAUCAACGGAACAUAAAACUUCAAGGGGAGAAGAGAUUAUACAUAAUCGAAUUUCUCAAAUUAGUAAAGAAGCCCAUGCAUAUGCUGCUAAAAAGCGCUUAUCACAUCAAACACCAGAUCACUAUGCUGAUAAGAGGCAGUUAUCUCAGCAAACGUCAGAAGCCUGUGCUGAUAAGAGGCAGUUAUCUCAGCAAACGUCAGAAGCCUGUGCUGAUAAGAGGCAGUUAUCUCAGCAAACGUCAGAAGCAUGUGCUGAUAAGAGGCAGUUACCUGAUCUAACAUCCGAACAGUAUGCUGAUAAGAGGCAGUUAUCUCAGCAAACAUUAGAAGCCUGUGCUGAUAAGAGGCAGUUACCUAAUCAAACAUCAGAACAGUAUGCUGAUAAGAACUUAUCACAUAAGAACUUAUCACAGCAAACACCUGAAGACUGUGCUGAUAAGAAGUGCUUACCACAACAAACACCUGAAGACUGUGCUAAUAAGAAGUGCUUGACACCGCUUUUAGAAUGUGAAAUUUGUGAUCUUAAGUUGAAUCCCAAGUCUAUGGAAAGUCAUAACAAAGGAAAGAGACAUCGAAGAAGGUUAAUAGAACUACGUGAACAAUCAACGAAACAUAAAACUUCAAGUGGAGAAGAGAUUGGACCUAAUCGAAGUUCUCAAAUUAGUAAAGAAGCCUAUGCUGAUAACAAGUGCUUACCUCAUCAAAUGUCAGAGCACUAUGCUGAUAAGAAAAACUCAUCACAACAAGCACCUAAAGACUAUGCUAAUAAGAAGUGCUUACCAUCGAUUAUACGUUGUGAAAUUUGUGAUGUUAAGUUUACUCCCAAGUGUUUGAAAGAUCAUAAUAAUGGAAUUAAACAUGAAAGAAGAUUAUUAGAACUACGUGAGAAAUCAAUGAAACAUAAAGAUUCAAAUGGAGAAGAGAUUAGCCAUAUUCGAAGUUCUCAAAUUAAUCCAGUAGUUCAACCUAAGAAAGUUCCUGCUGAUGUUUCUAAAAGGAAACUCGGGGAUCUCACUGGUGCAAAGGAUCAUGAUUUCAAGGUAGAGAAUGUGAAAAAUGAAACUUCUAGUUUCAAGAAAAAGAAUGUUCCAGCUGAAAUCUCCAAAAGGAAAGUCAGGGAUAACACCGAUGCAAAGAAUCAUGGUUUCAAACACGAGAUUGAAGGAGCAACAGGAGGUAAGUACAUGAAGAUGAAUAAUGGGAUAAGAAGGUCUGUAAAAAAUGAUCAGCCACAGUCAACUCCAGUUGAGUUGAAGGCCUCAGCAGGCGCUAAUAUUAUUGCCGAAAAAGAAUAUAUAAGUUGUGAUUUCGCUGCAACAGUAAUACCACAAGGUCCUGUGGCUUCUCAUGCAUUCACACCACCACCAGCAGUAGAAUCAAGUGUUGAACCCAAAAAUCAUAUUGAUUUACCGAGAGAAGUAACGGAAGCCCAACAACAUUACAAGGUUCAGAAAUGUGGUGUGGAAACAAAUGAUGAGCCGCAAUCAAUCUCAAUGGAGUUACAAGCCCUUGGUGGUUGUAAUAUUAGCACAGUGGCUGAAGAUAAUUCUUCUGACUCUGAUGAAAUAGUAAUAGCACUACCACAAGGACUUGUGACUUCUCAGGUACUAUCACCAUCACCAGCAUCGGGAUCAAGUUUUGAACCUCCAAUUCAAAUCAAUUCACAGAUCGAAGUAGAAGAAGGCACAGAACUCCACGAGGUUCAAAAUCUUAGUGUGGAAACAAAUGAUCAACCACACGCAAUAUCAAUGGAGUUCCAUGCCACUGCAGGUUCUGAUAUUAAUACCUUGACCGAAGGUACAUGUUCUGAUUCGGGUGCAAUCAUAAUAGCACCGCCACAAUCUCCUAUUGCUUAUGAGGUAUCCACGCCAGUAGCAGUUAUACAGACCGGAAUGUCAGAUAGCAAAGUGCAUAAUGAGAUUCAGAAUCUUAUUGUUGAUUCAAAUAAUCAGCAAUGUUCAAUCUCAAUGGAGUUGCACGACGUUGCUGGUUCUAUAACAAACAACCAAAUAGAAGUUUUGAAUUCUGAUUCUACAGCUGUAGAAAUAUAUAAAGAACCACAUGCAUCCCUACUGCCAGAUGCAGUGGGGUCAAUUUUUGAGCCUGUAACUGAACAUGGUCUAGAUACUGAAACAGAACCUCAUGUGUCGGAAGCAAUAUUAGAUAUUGAGAGCCAACAUCCUGCUGAGGAAACAGAUAUUGAACUGCUACCACCUGUCUUAAUGGAGAUUGAUGUUGCUUUAGAAGUUAGUGCUGAAACCAAAACUGAAAAAGAAAGGUCUCAAGCGGAAAUGAAGAUGGAUGUCGAUCUCUCCCUUGAAUCAGGGAAAACUAAGUUGCUUAAGGUGUCUGUUUGUCUUACGUGUGGCGAUGAAGGCUUUGAAGAGGCAAUAGUAUAUUGCAGCAAAUGUGGAGAUUAUGCAAUGCAUAGAUAUUGUUUAGCUGGUCCUGUGGUUUUUACCGACAAGGUUACUUGGUUUUGUGAGGAUUGUGAAGAAAUAGUAGUAGAAGCAGAUCAUCCUUACAGCGAGACUCCAGAAUCAGAAAAAGAUGAAGUUGUUUUUGAUCCGCAGCCUAUUGCUGAUCCAGUCUGGAGUGGAAGUUUGCAGGUUCUCAACAAAAGCUUUGAUAAAAUCAGUGGACUUAUGGGCCAUUUGUCCACAUUAGCUUGCCCUAAAGUUCUUGAGGAGGCAAGACAUCUCCCUGAUGUGCUUAAUGCCAACUUGCUUCAAAGAUCAGCUGUGUGGCCAGAGAGUUUCAAGAAAUUUGGAACAAAUAAUCAGAGCAUUGGCCUCUAUUUAUUUCCUGAGAAUGAAAGAGUUGAGAGAUAUUAUGACCAGCUAGUUGAUGAAAUGAUAUACAAAGAUCUUGCCAUUAGCGUCAUGGUUGAAAAAACUGAGCUCUUAAUUUUUCCUUCCACAUUGCUCCCAAGACAAUACAAGAGAUUUCAUUCAAAAUAUUAUUUAUGGGGUACUUUUAAAAGAAAGAAAGUCUCAAGCACCAUGAAAGAUACAUGA